UAUGCAUACUAUAAACAAUAAGAAUCUCAGCAUCGAAGAGUUGGCGGAGGUGCACGAUUGGCUUCUGCAGAAUAAUAUGGGAACGCACCGGCUACGGCGCGAUUUUUCCGACGUCUUGCCCUUGGCAGAGAUAUUGAAGCGCUCCUAUCCGCGCCUGGUGGACGUCUACAAUUACCCGAAGAAGUGCAGUGUACAGCUGAAGAUGGCCAACUGGGAGACAUUCAAUUUCAAGGUGCUGUCCAAGCUGAACAUUAAGCUAAGUCGUGAGUUUAUUGAACUGCUGUCAAACAACGCACACGGGGCUGCCGAGGUGUUGCUUCAUGAAAUCAUUCGACUGGAGAAGCGGCAGCGCAUGCAGGAAGAACGCAGUAUAACGAUGCGUCAGGAGCAAGCCUGGGCGGAGAAUGAUGAAGUGAAAAUCGUUGUGAUCAGCAAGCAGGUUGGAGAUGCCAUUGUUCAAGUACCGCAGAAAAUGAUCCUCUACUCGCUCUAUGAGAAAAUGGCCCAAGAGAACAUGGCGAAAGAUGUCAUGUUGGACUCCUACCAGCAGCGACUGACUCACAUGGAGAACAUCAUCAAAAUCAAGACGGAACGUAUCGAUGAACUUCUAAUGCAGAUGGGAAAGCUACCCCCAAAGAUGGCUCCUGCUGUGACAUCCAGUUACUUCCUUACUGACGAUGGAAAAUAUCAAUCUCUGGCUCCAGCCCCUUCUCUCGCCUCAGACAGAAAAUGAUGCUAGUUUUAAAAUGAUGGCUAAUUCCAGCGACGUCCCAUACACCCAUACAAGUAUUAAUUUGUAUUUAAGUUAUCGUUAUACUCGUAUCUAUCAUCCACCACGAUUGCACUUCAUGGGUUGUGAGCCACCGAAGGAUCGGAAAUAAUAAAUUCAUUGUUUAUUGUA